GGGCUAAAGAAGUUUCAUCGGCCAAUGGUUUGUUUAUAGGAUACUGCGCUUAUCUGCGUAGUAACUGAGAAAAUUCUUCUCUUUCUUUUUCUUUUUUCUAUCUGGUCUUUCCUCUUUCUCACUGUUUUUUACUCUUCCACUUUCUCAGAUCUCUCUAAUUUUAGUGUUUGAGAGUCUUAGUGUUUCUCUGAUUCGGGAUUUCCUCUGUUUCCUAGUGAAGUUGUUUUUUUUUUUUUUGGGUUUAGAGAAACUCUUUUAGGUAGAUCGAUUGAAAAUCCAGGAAGGAAGUAAAAAUAAUCAAUAUUUUUUCGAUUGAAAGCCCAAGAAAGAAAGAAAGAAACCAUUUUUAUAACCUGUUUCUGAGUAGUUGGUUCAUGUGUCGGAGAUUCUGAUGAUUGGUAUUAGCCACACGUAGGUUUCUAAUUUGUGUAGUAGCUUGUGGGAUUUUGUAAAAAGUGGGAGUUAUAUAGACCAUGAGAAGGGGUAGAGGGAAAGGGAAGAAGCAGAAUGCAUCUGCUCGAGAGGAAGAUCGUGGAAGCGGUGAAGAAGAAAAGAUUCCAGCUUACAGGAGAAGAGGAAGGCCACAGAAGCCGAUGAGAGAUGAUUUCGAAGAGGAAGAUGAAGAAGAAGAAGAAGAGAUGGUAGAGAAGAUGGAAGAAGAAGACGAAGAAGAUAUUGAUGAUAGGAACGAUGGUUUGACAACAAGUAAAAAACAAGAGAACGAGAGGAAGAGGAAGAUGAUCAAUGGAAGCAGCAAUACAGAUAUAACUGUAGAAGAUCAGAAUGGGAAAUCAAGCACAGAUGAUUCCACGAAAUCUACAUCUACUGGGUUUAGACAAAACGGAAGCCGGAGAAAAAGCAAGCCUAGACGAGCUGCUGAAGCUGUUGUGGAAUGUAAUGGAGUUUGAGAAACCUCCUGGCGAAAAACUUCAAGAAACAGGAUGACAAAUUAACCUGAGGCCCUCUUCUUUUUUGGUUUUCGUACAAGUUUUUUGAAGUUGAGAACUUUGGAUAUCUUUUGGUGUUUACAUGAUUCAUGAAUUAAUAGCAUCAAUCUACGUACUCUUUUCCU